AUGGAAAUGGGGAAUGAUACAAGAAGUUCGGAAUUUCUUCUCCUGGGGUUUUCAGAGGAAUCAGAACUGCAGCCCCUCAUAUUUGGGCUUUUCCUCUCCAUGUACCUGAUCACUGUGCUCGGAAAUCUGCUCAUCAUCCUGGCCACCAUCUCAGACUCCCACCUGCACACCCCCAUGUACUUCUUCCUCUCCAACCUGUCCUUUGCUGACAUCUGUCUCACCUCCACCAUCAUCCCAAAGAUGCUGGUGAACAUCCAGACACAGAGCAAGGUCAUCACCUAUAAAGCCUGCAUCACCCAGAUGUACUUUUUUCUACAUUUUCUAGGGUUGGACAGCUUCCUCUUGACUGUGAUGGCCUAUGACCGGUAUGUGGCCAUCUGUCACCCCCUGCACUACACGGUCAUCAUGAAUCCCCGACUCUGUGGACUGCUGGUUCUGGCAUCCUGGAUCAUGUGUACCCUACAUUCCUUGUUACAAAGUUUAAUGGUGUUGCGGCUAGCCUUCUGUACGCAUUUGAAAAUCCCCCACUUUUUCUGUGAACUGAAUCAGAUCGUCCAACUUGCUUGUUCUAAUACCUUCUUUAAUGACAUGGUGAUCUAUCUGGCAGCUGUGCUACUGGGUUGUGGAUGCCUCGCUGGGAUCCUUUACUCUUACUGUAAGAUAGUUUCCUCCAUCCGUGCAAUCUCGUCAUCUCGAGGGAAGUAUAAUGCAUUCUCCACCUGUGCCUCUCACCUCUCCGUUGUCUCCUUAUUUUAUUUUACGGGCCUUGGAGUGUAUCUUAGUUCUGCUGCUACCUAUAGCUCAGACUCGAUUGCAGCAGCUUCAGUGAUGUACACUGUGGUCACGCCCAUGUUGAACCCCUUCAUCUACAGUCUGAGGAAUAAAGACAUAAAGAGGGCCCUGAGAAGACUCUUGAGAGGGAAACUAGAGAAGGGUCAAGUGUCAAGAGACUAA